CAGCAGCAGCAGCAGCAGCAGCAGCAGCAGCAGCAGCAGCAGCAGCAGCAGCAGCAGCAGCAGCAGCAGCAGCAGCAGCAGCAGCAGCAGCAGCAGCAGCAGCAGCAGCAGCAGCAGCAGCAGCAGCAGCAGCAGCAGCAGCAGCAGCAGCAGCAGCAGCAGCAGCAGCAGCAGCAGCAGCAGCAGCAGCAGCAGCAGCAGCAGCAGCAGCAGCAGCAGCAGCAGCAGCAGCAGCAGCAGCAGCAGCAGCAGCAGCAGCAGCAGCAGCAGCAGCAGCAGCAGCAGCAGCAGCAGCAGCAGCAGCAGCAGCAGCAGCAGCAGCAGCAGCAGCAGCAGCAGCAGCAGCAGCGCAGCAGCAGC